AUGGAGUUGGACUGUGCGGAUAGGGUGAGGUGCGCCACUUAUCUCCUCAAGGAUGAUGCUCUCCUAUGGUGGGAGGGGGCAGUUGUAGGUCUGAACCUAGCUACACUAUUAUGGGAGGACUUCAAGGAGGUGUUCUAUGUUAAAUACUUCACGGAGGACGUGCGAUCAAGGUUGACCCGAGAGUUCAUGACGUUGCGACAGGAUAGCUGCACUGUUGCCGAGUUUAUCAGGAAGUUCGAGCAGGGGUGCCACUUUGUGCCCAUGAUAGUUGACAAUCCUAAAGAAAAAUUGAGGGUCCUAAGAGCGGAGCAGGAUCAGAAAGACAUAGAGGCUGAUAGACAAAACAAACGAUCAUGCCCUGCAGCCUAUCAACAGCUGCCUCAGCAGCAAAACAAGAAGGAAGCUACUGGACUCCGGAAGGGCCAGGAGGAGUGGUCGCAAAAGCAAGUGGAUCCAAAGCCUCAUGAGCCUCCGAUAUGCCUGUCAUGCCAGCGCCCACACUCAAGAGUUUGCUUAAGGGGAUCAGGCAAAUGUUACAAAUGUGGGGCUACUGGUCAUAUGAAAAAGGAUUGUCCCCAAACCCGAUCGCUCAUAAAAGGGAGCGUAUUCUUGAUGCAGGCCGAAGAGGUAGACCCGGACAUUUCAGGUAAAUCAUGA